AUGACUGAUGAUGAUGAUGAUGAUGAUGAUGAUGAUGAUGAUGAUGAUGAUGAUGAUGAUGAUGAUGAUGAUGAUGAUGAUGAUGAUGAUGAUGAUGAUGAUGAUGAUGAUGAUGAUGAUGAUGAUGAUGAUGAUGAUGAUGAUGAUGAUGAUGAUGAUGAUGAUGAUGAUGAUGAUGAUGAUGAUGAUGAUGAUGAUGAUGAUGAUGAUGAUGAUGAUGAUGAUGAUGAUGAUGAUGAUGAUGAUGAUGAUGAUGAUGAUGAUGAUGAUGAUGAUGAUGAUGCGGAUGAUGAUGGUGGUGGUGGUGGUGGUGGUGGUGAUGAUGAUGAUGAUGAUGAUGAUGAUGAUGAUGAUGAUGAUGAUGAUGAUGCUGAUGAUGAUGAUGAUGAUGAUGAUGAUGAUGAUGAUGAUGAUGAUGAUGAUGAUGAUGAUGAUGAUGAUGAUGAUGAUGAUGAUGAUGAUGAUGAUGAUGAUGAUGAUGAUGAUGAUGAUGAUGAUGAUGAUGAUGAUGAUGAUGAUGAUGAUGAUGAUGAUGAUGAUGAUGAUGAUGAUGAUGAUGAUGAUGAUGAUGAUGAUGAUGAUGAUGAUGAUGAUGAUGAUGAUGAUGAUGAUGAUGAUGAUGAUGAUGAUGAUGAUGAUGAUGGACAGCUGGUAGCAUCACCCCACUCUACUUCCAUUUUUGACGACUGA